GAUUACAACGGAGAGGUUCAAAAGACUGUCGCGAGGAAUUUGAAAAUCAAUAUUUUCAAUCUCAAUUGAGUUUCGAAUGUGUUUUGAAGAGCUUAGUCGAUUUAAUCACAGAAAGCUUUACUCAUCUUAAUCUACCCGUAUCGGAGUAGGAAUGAUUGACGUCCGCGAGAUAACAAUAGAACAAGCACAAGAUGGUAUCAAAACUGGAAGAUUCUCCGCAAAGGAGUUAGCUGAAGCAUUUCUCGAUCGCAUUGCGACAUGGGACAAGAAUGGCCCGCGGAUUAACUCGACAAUGGCCUUAUCGACUACGGCACUUCAAGAAGCUGCUGCGCUUGAUAGUUACCUAGAAGAGACUGGCAAAUUCAAGGGGAAACUCCACGGAAUUCCUGUACUAGUGAAAGACCAAGCCGAUACGAAGGGAAUGGUUACCACAUACGGCUCGGCAGUCGCCAAAAACAACGUUCCAGACGAAGAUGCUUUUGUGGUCGCGAGGUUGAAAGAAGAAGGCGCCGUGGUUCUAGGAAAGACUGCACUCGCCGAAUGGGCAUCAGUUUGGUUCAGCGUGAAUAGUGCGAACAAUGACGAAUUCACCAAAAACCCUUAUAAUCUCGACCACGAUUCAGGUGCAUCUUCCGGGGGUUCUGCUGCGGCUGUUGCGGCGAACUUCACAAUCUUGGCCGUAGGCGAAGAUACUGGUGGUUCGAUUAGGGUACCAUCAUCGUUCUGUAACAUUGUCGGUCUUCGUCCAACCCCGGGGCUCAUCUCGCGAACGGGGUUCUGUCCGUUGAUCAAAGUUCAGGACACUCCUGGUCCAAUGGCCCGGACAGUGACAGAUUGUGCGCUAAUGCUGGAUUGCAUGGUUGGGUUCGACCCUAAAGACGACUUUACAGGUGUCGCAGCCACUGCAGCUGCCCUGGGAUUGCCUAAAGGUGGUAGUUACGGCGCGUUCUUGGCAGACGGACGCCAAAAGAUUAAGGGGGCUAAAAUAGGUGUUAUCAAACAGAGCUUCGGUUCGGAAUCCGAUCCCUAUUGCAACGCUGUCAAUGAAGUCAUAUCUGCAGCAAUUGACAAGCUCAAAAGUGCCGGUACGACUUUCGUCAGCAUUGACUUCGACGAAUUCGAAUAUCACAUAAACUACCCGCUCACCUAUUUACAAAGGUCACGCAGCGAUAUCAACAGCUUUCUAGCAACAAAACCCCAUCUCCCUCAAGACAUUGCGGAUAUACUGCCAGAGACUUCGGACAAGCCGUAUUUGAAAUUUACAUGCGCUAUGGCACAUGGCCCAAAGGACCCCAAAGAAGACCCGACCUAUGUAGAUAGAAUCCUAAGACGGGAUGAGCUCAAGCGCAGGAUAGACUGCCUUAUUGCCUCUCUCGGGCUGGAUGUGCUCACACUGCCAGACGUGAGGGUCCCACCCCCGCGAUUCGAAGAUGCUAUGAGCGGCAGGUUUAUCAAGGACGGGUGUGAAGAUUUCCCGACCAAUACAUUCCUCGCUAGCGUAAUUCGACAUCCGGCCAUCUCGGUUCCUGCCGGCUUCACAAAGGAUGGGCUUCCGGUCGGGAUAGAAUUCGUCGGACUUGAAUAUCAGGAACAGAGUCUUCUCGAGUUAGCUUACGGGGUAGAAUGUAUUGUUCAAGCCAGAGCAUUGCCACCUGGGUUAAUGUAGGUGGUUGUCAUCCCAUACAAAUAAUUCGUACCUAUUUAACCCAGUAACUUGAACCUUGAUAAAU